CACCUUCACCGCCCUUUCCUAUCCUAUAUAUUCCACCGUAUAAAAAGGACGGCGAAUUGGGAGAGUAGUAGAUUCCAAUCCCCCACGAUUAUCUAUCUGUUGAUCCGAUCCUCUGUUUCCCUCCCUCCCUCUCUCUCUAUUACACCCAAAGCAAAAACCCUAGGCCGUCUCUCCCUCUUCCUUCAAGCUUCGGCUGGAUCUUUCCAUAUUUAUUACUCAGAACUAGAUCUUAGAGAGAGCGAGAGGGGCGAUGGACGAUAGCUGUGCGGUGUGCGCGGAGACCCUAGAAUGGGUAGCAUACGGACCCUGUGGUCACCGGGAGGUGUGCUCCACCUGUGUCGCUCGCCUCCGCUUCAUCUGCGACGAUCGUCGUUGCUGUAUUUGCAAGAGCGAGUCCGACUCCGUCUUCGUAACCAAGGCUUUAGGAGAUUAUACAACGAUCAUCAGCAAUUUUUCAGUGUUACCUUCUGAUUCAAAGGAAGGUCGAGUGGGAUCGUAUUGGUACCAUGAGGACACACAGUCUUUCUUUGAUGAUUUGGACCACUACAAGAUGAUCAAAGCAAUGUGCAGGCUUUCAUGCAGUGUGUGCGACCAGAUGGAAGAGGAUGGGUCCAAGAGACGGGCAAGGUUUAGGAACAUUGAGCAACUCAAGGGCCAUUUGUUUCACCAACAUAGGUUGCUUAUGUGCAGCCUGUGUCUGGAAGGAAGGAAGGUAUUUAUCUGUGAACAAAAGCUAUACACUAGAGGACAAUUGAAUCGGCAUAUUAACACUGGUGACUCGGAGGUGGAUGGAACCGAGAGUGAAAGAGGUGGCUUCACAGGUCAUCCUUUAUGUGAAUUCUGCAGAACCCCAUUUUAUGGGGACAAUGAACUGUACUCACAUAUGUCAACUGAACACUAUACAUGCCAUAUAUGCCAAAGACAGCAUCCUGGACAGUACGAGUACUAUAAGAACUAUGAUGAUUUAGAGAUCCACUUCCGUCGAGAGCAUUUCUUGUGUGAGGAUGAGGCAUGCCUUGCUAAAAAAUUUGUUGUUUUUCUAUCUGAAGCCGAAAUGAAGAGACAUAAUGCCAUGGAACAUGGAGGGAAUAUGUCACGUUCUAAGCGAAGUGCUGCCCUUCAGAUACCAACCAGCUUCAGAUAUCGACAAAGCAAUGAACAAGAUACCCGUCGUGGAAGGGGUCGAACAUUUCGUCGCGAGUAUUCUGAUGAUCAACUCUCUCUGGCCAUCCAAGCCAGUUAUGAGACAUCUAAUGGAGAUGGACCCUUACAUGGUCCAUCAUCGUCCAGCAGAGAAAUCAUUUCUGGUCAUGGAAUGACAAAUGAUAUUGAUCCAAUUAUUCAACCAUUUGAAUCGUUAGCUACUACAGAUUCUGAGACGCCAUCAAGAUACCGUCAAGCCUUGUCACAGAAAUCAAGUAGUGCACCACUCGAAGAGUCUUCCUUCCCACCCCUCCCAGUGGCACCUAAUAGUAGCAGUCAGCAGAAAUCCAAACACGAGACUUCACAAGCCUUGUCACGGAAAUCAAGGGAUGCCCAACUGGAAGAGUCUUCCUUUCCUCCCCUCCCAAUGGCACCUAGUAGCAGUAAACAGAAAUCCAAACACGAGCCUGAAAGUUUACCUAGGAAUACAAUGGCAUCACAUCUUCGUCACCAAAAGAACAUAAAUGAUCUUCGCCACCAAAACCAAAGAAAUGUGACUCCCCCAAAUUCAGAUCAGGCGUGGCCAGCUGCGAGCCGGACACCUGUUCUACCAGCAACUGGUUCAAUCUUUACCAAGCCUGCAACAAAUGGUACACCUGGAUUAUCGUAUAGCUCUGGUCUGAACACGUCAGCAAUGGACAAUGGACCUGCAUCUUCUAGUUAUUCAAGUUUAGCUCGGAUUCAACCUGCAUCGGUUCAUGAACCUUCACAUGCUGGUUCUUCUAGUUCUCUAAGGAAAAUGGGCAGCGCCAGUAGGAUAAGCCACUCCACAUCUGCCCCAAACCUUGCCCACAGUGCAUCUUUUGAACCUUCAACUUCUGAUUUCCCUCCAGUUUCAGCAACUCAGAUCCGCAAGUUGCCCUCAAAUGGCCAGGUUAGGCUGAAGGAGGAAGAUGUUCGGACUGCGAACAAGUCUUUGGUAGAGCGAAUGCAAUCUGCUCUAGAAUUCGAUGAAGGGAAAUUCACUGCAUUUAAGGAGAUAUCUGGAGAAUAUCGGCAGGGCUUUAUUGACGCUGGAACUUAUCUUGCUUAUGUGGAGCAGUUUGGCUUGUCACAUCUUGUUAUUGAGUUGGCUAGACUCUGUCCGGAUCCUGGCAAGCAGAUAGCGCUUGUUGAGGCCUAUAAUGCUACUUUGAUCAACAGUGGCCCACGAGAAAAUGGAUCGAGUCAGGAAAGGGUUCAUAUGAAUAACGGUAAUGGUUCCAACAAAGGUAAAGGGAAAUUUUUAGAUUCUGGAGGCCAUGGUUCAGAGGAGAACUUGGCAGAUAGCAUUUUAAAUACUGUACGGAAAUUGCAAUCAAGCUACAAACCUUCAGAGGAAGAGGUGGAGGUAUUGUCCAGGGAUGGGUACCGAUCUUCGAAGGGCAAAGUGAAGGUAAUGGUCAAUGAGCCACAAGCGGAAAUGAGUUCACUUGGUCAACCUCCUGUAAAGAUGAAGGGAGGAAAUGAUUCCCUGUCAGCUGGUGGUGGAUCUGGUCAAAAUUUGGAAGAGUCAGGUGGAAAAGGUAAGCAGCGGAAGAAAACCUCAAAGUUUCAUAGGGUUCGCCUGGGGGAUGGCUCAGUGGCAGCGUUUUUGGAUCGCAAAAAUGCUGAUCCUGAUCAAGAUCCAGAUGUAAAGGAGGCAACAUCGGAUGCAAACAAGAAUCCCGUUGACGGGUUGCCUGUGCGUGGUGUUUGGCGACAUGGCGGAGGACAAAAACUUUUGGCGAGGACUGCUGGAGAUCCCAAAAAGUAAUGCAUUCUCAAAUUGCACAAAGGUGUCUAGAAUUUUUGGCAAAGCUGGUGUUGACAUGGUAAUUAUAUCUUCCACUCCAGAGAUUUUGGCAUAUUACAAGUGGAGUUCGCUUAUCCAAUUUGAGUCCUUAGGCAGUGGUUUUAUUAUUUCAGGACACUGUUGCCUUCAAUGGGCUUAGGGAAAAUGAUGAAUUUUGGCUUUUUAGUAGGGAGAAGGGUGCAAUUUUUUUAAGUCCAGGGUUUGAUGGCUAUCUUCCUGUUUCAGUUUAUACAUAGCACCAAGCAUGGUGUCUACCCCAUUAGAUAUAUAUAGUUUUGUUUGUGUUGCGACAGCACUGUGAAUAGUGUCGUCGCUCAUUGGUGAAAUCUAUUUUCCAAUAUGGACGCAGAAUUUGGUUUCUAUGAAUAUCAUCAUUUUCCAUA